CUUCCAACUAACUCAUUUGUUUCUUUCUUCUCUCAUUCCUCUCCAUUUUUACUCUCUCCCAUACCAAUUUCUCUACCUUGGUUCUUCCCUAGCUACUCACUUAAGAAUAAAUAAUAUAUUUAUUCAUAUACUCUUAGCAACCAAACCAUGAAGCUUGAAAAUUCCAUCUUUCUUGUGACUUUGGCUAUACUCUUAGCCACCAGUUUCUCAUCAGAUCCUGACUCUCUUCAAGACCUCUGUGUUGCUGACCUUUCCUCAGGCGUGACAGUGAACGGGUUCACUUGCAAAGCGGCAUCCAAGGUAAAUGCCACUGAUUUCUCCUCCAACAUACUAGCCAAACCAGGAUCCACCAACAACACAUUUGGCUCAGUGGUCACUGGAGCCAACGUUCAGAAAGUCCCAGGACUCAACACUCUCGGCGUGUCUCUGUCAAGGAUUGACUAUGCCCCAGGUGGCCUCAACCCACCUCACACUCACCCACGCGCCACAGAGGUGGUGUUUGUGCUUGAAGGACAACUAGAUGUUGGGUUCAUAACUACGGCCAAUGUGCUCAUAUCAAAGACCAUUAACAAGGGUGAGAUAUUUGUGUUCCCAAAAGGCUUAGUCCACUUUCAAAAGAACAAUGCCAAUGUACCUGCUGCUGUUCUUUCAGCCUUCAACAGCCAACUUCCUGGAACACAGUCCAUUGCUACCACCUUGUUUGCGGCCACACCUUCUGUUCCGGACAAUGUGUUGACCAAGACAUUCCAAGUAGGUACCAAAGAGGUUGAGAAAAUCAAGUCCAGGCUUGCACCCAAAAAGUAAUAUUAUCAUGGUGUGCCUGUUCUGUCACUAUCAAUUGUUCUUCUUUUAAUCUUUGUCCCUUUACAAAUCAUAUUGGAACUCAAAAUGGAAAUAAAAGUUGGCGCAAGUGGGGCCUAUUCAUUUGUUUAA